AUGAGGUCAUAUAAACUUCUUGUAUUUGGAGAUAGUGGUGUAGGGAAGAAAUCGUUGACGGUUCAAUUUUGUAAAAAUUAUUUCUUAGAGAGUCACGAAUCAAUAUUUGAGAAUUCAUAUAGAAAAGAUGUUAUGAUCGAUGACGAACCAUGUUCUUUAGAAAUAAUAAUAAAUACGGCUGAACAGGAAGAAUAUGCAGAUAUUAGCGGGAUAAGAGAUUAUGAUGGUUUCCUUCUCGUAUAUUCAAUUACAUCGCGGACAACAUUUGAACGGGUAGAAAUAUUUCUGAAUCAAAUAAAACAAAAUACCGACUCUGCGCCUAUCGUUAUUGUUGGCAAUAAAUGUGAUAAAAUGAUUGAACGGGAGGUUUCACGCGAUGAAGGGAAAAGAAUGGCUCAAAUUCUUGGAUGUGAAGUCAUGGAAAGUUCGGCAAAAACAUGUGUAAAUGUUGAAAAAGCAUUUCACAAUGUUGUCAAAACGAUUCGAGUUACUCGUGAAGGUGCCAGAAAUCCUAAAAGGCAGAAACGAUGCUCGAUAUUAUAA